CAGCUUAGCGCUUAUUACUCCCUCCAUAUGAUGCUGCGAACUGUAUUUCUAAACACCACCCGCUGUGCAGCACGCCCUACGCUACUCGCGCGUCAAACUGCGAGACCAAUCUAUCAGGUCCUCGCGCGGUACGAGUCGAGCAAAGCUAACGAUGCUCUGAAAGCCGCUCGCAAAGCCAAGGACAAGCUCCAGAAGGAUUGGCAAGGGCCUGUACUCGCAUAUGAGCAAGUUAAACCCAAGACCCUCAGUCCCAGUGCAGACGCCUACCUGAUUGACGUGCGUGAGCCCGAUGAGGUUAUGCAAGGCUCUAUUCCGUCCUCUGUGAAUCUGCCACUCUCGGUACUUGCCAACUCGUUCCAUCUUACCCCUCAAGCCUUCAAGGCACAGCAUGGUUUCGAGAAGCCAGGAAAGAAACAAGAAGUCGUGUUCUACUGUCGCAGUGGAAUGAGGAGUGCUAGUGCAUGUGAUAUUGCAAAGAGGAAUGGAUACGAGAACAUUUUUAAUUAUGAAGGCUCGUGGCUAGACUGGACGUCACGAGAAGGAGGCAAGGGGUCUACUACUUCAAGUUGAUGUACUUCCCCACAUUUUAAUAACACAACAUGCAUAAUACAGCCCUCGAGAAUAUUUUUCUUCCAUAGCGGAUAAAAUGAGUUUAGAAUGACCUUCCAGUUCUCAACCCUGCGUGGAUUUUGAAAGCGUGGUCGACGUUUG